AUGGAAAGGGUGUUGGGGGUAGUCGAUAAGGUUGUGACUCAAGACAUGGCUCACUCACUAACACAGCCUUACACUGAGGAAGAGGUGCGGGUGGCCCUAUUCAGUAUGCAUCCAUCAAAAUCACCGAGUCCAGAUGGUAUGUCUCCUUUCUUUUUCCAAAAAUAUUGGCAUAUUGUCGGGCAUGAUGUAACACUUGCUGUUUAUCCAUACUGCAUUCUGAUAGGGCUGCCUGAACAACGGGUGACUUUGUCCAUGGAAACAGUGAAAAUAGCCACAUAUUCGAUGCUCAUUAAUGGGGAACCAAAUUGUUUAAUCACACCAACCCGCGGCAUUAGGCAAGGCAACCCUUUAUCCCCAUAUCUCUUCCUGCUCUGUGCUGAGGGGUUGUCCUCCCUGAUCCGAAAGGCAGCAGAUACAAAUAGGUUGAAGGGUAUUUUCUCUAGCCGAGGGGGAGUACGUAUUUCCCAUCUCCUCUUUGCAGACGAUAGCCUAUUAUUUUGUGAGGCAAAGAUUGGAGAAUGUCGCCAAUUGCUGGAUAUCCUUACACAAUAUGAGGAAGCCUUGGGGCAGGCUAUCAAUAGAGCGAAGACCACUCUCUUUUUUAGCCAAAAUACAAACCGAAGAGAAAAAGAAGCAAUUCAAAACUUGAUGGGUGCACAAGUCAUGACAAACUGUGAAAAAUACCUUGGAUUGCCUAUGGUUGGGGGCCACAAUCCCUCAUUUGUGUGGCGUAGUUUAUUGGCUGCAAGGGAUGUAAUUCAGGAGGGCUCCAUGUGGAAGAUUGGAGAUGGACAGAGUAUCAAACUAACUAGCAACAACUGGCUGCAACACCCCCUUCUCUUCAAGCCUGGAGCUAACACUACUCUGAAAGUGGGGGACCUCAUCCACCACAAAUCCAUGCAAUGGAACCGACCCUUGAUACAGGCCACAUUCAUGCAAGCCACACAAAAUGACAUUCUUCGCAUCCAUCUCAGUAACACACGGAUAAGAGAUAAGCUUUACUGGAAAGAAAACAAAGCCCAGCGGUUUACAGUUAAAACUGCCUAUCACGUGGCCUUACGUUUGCACCGAGAGGUAGGAGCUAAGCACUCCACGAUAGGGGAAGAAAAGAGGUUUUGGAAUAGGAUUUGGAAGAUGAAUGUGCCAUCAAAGGUUCGGAAUUUUGUAUGGAGGGCGUGCAACGAUAUUCUUCCAACCCGCACCAACCUAUAUCGUAAAAAAGUUUAUACAGACCCACUGUGUGCUAUAUGUGAGCAGACCAAUGAAACGGUCGGACAUGUGCUCUGGGGAUGUCCCAUGGCCAGAAACGUGUGGGCAAUGUCUCAAGGACGGCUGCAGAAUUGUGGAGCUGUGGUGCAGAAUUUUUACAACUUGGCCCGACAGUUGGAAGAUAGGCCCACAAGGAAGGAUAUGGAGACUUGGGCGACGGUGGCUUGGUCCAUCUGGAACGCCAGAAACAGGUUUUGCUUUGAGGAAAAACAAUCCCAGCCAAAGGACAGUCUUCAGGCUUGGUCCAUCUAA